AUGGAGGAAUACCAGACGGCUACUACCGACAUUAUUACGCUUUCGCGCCACGUCCUCAGCGAGGGCGCGAAGCUUGCUGGUCGCCGUGAGGUGACUGGCGAGUUCACGCUGCUGCUGAACUCGCUCCAGACCACCUGCAAGGUGAUCGAGAACCUGGUGCGCAAGGCGCGUCUGAACAACAUGAUUGGCGUCGCUGGUAACCAGAACAUCCAGGGCGAGGACCAGAAGAAGCUCGACGUCAUCUCGAACGAUGUCAUGGUCAACGCUCUGAUCGCUUCGGGCCAAUCGGCCGUGCUCGUGUCCGAGGAGGAGGAGCACGCGAUCAUUGUGGGCGAAAAGCAGUCGAACCAGGUCGGCAAGUACUGCAUUGUGUUCGAUCCUCUGGACGGCUCGAGCAACAUUGACGCCGGUGUGAACAUCGGUACCAUCUUUGGUAUCUACAUGAUCGAGCCUGGCUCGACUGGUUCGGUCAAGGACGUGCUCCGCCCCGGUAGCGAGAUGGUCGCCGCCGGCUACUGCAUGUACGGUUCGUCGGCCAACAUUGUGCUCUCGACCGGCAGCGGUGUCGAUGGUUUCACGCUCGACAACAGCGUCGGCGAGUUCAUCCUGACCCACCCCAACAUCCAGGUGCCCUCGCGUGGCAAGAUCUACUCGAUCAACGAGGGCAACAGCAUGUACUACCACGAGCCCGUGAUCAAGUACCUCGAGUCGGUCAAGUACCCCGAGGCGCCCAAGAAGCCCUACUCGGCCCGCUACAUCGGUUCGAUGGUGGCUGACGUGCACCGCACGCUCCUUUACGGUGGUAUCUUCUGCUACCCCGCCGACAAGAAGUCGACCAAGGGUAAGCUGCGUCUGCUGUACGAGGCCUUCCCGAUGGCCUUCCUCACGGAGCAGGCCGGCGGUCUCGCCACCACCGGUGAGAAGCGCGUGCUGGACGUCGUGCCGACUAGCAUCCACGAGCGCUGCCCCAUCUUCCUGGGUUCCAAGGAGGACGUGCAGGACCUGCUUUCCUUCUUCAAGCAGUAA